CCACUUCAUUGUUGGAAACCGAGUUGAUAUAGUAUUGCUCAAGGCAUAUCCAUAUCAUACUCUUCAUUUCGAAUUUUUGGCGCAGCAGUCCCGUCAUGCCAUCCCAACAAACGGCAUCCCAACUCAGGGAUGUCGUAGUCGGAGCUCGAACUGAGUUGAUGAAAAAACUACACGAGCUGGACAACCCUAUAUUCUACCCCUUUCGGUUUCUUUCCGAGAUCUUCAAUUGGCAAUGCUUGGUUUUCUUUACUAUUUUCCAAUGGUUUGCCGACAAGGUCUUUUCACCAAGACCUCCAGGUCCGAGCACUCAUUUAGGAAAGCCCAAGGUUGCCAUCAUCGGUGCUGGAAUCACCGGUGUCACCUCCGCCGCUCAUUGUAUCGGUCAUGGAUUCGAUGUUACGAUUUUUGAGGUUGGAGAUGAGAACAGCUUAGGAGGCAUCUGGAGUAAAGUCAACAAUUCUUCGGGCCUGCAGAUCCAUUCUUUCAUGUACAGAUUUCACCCCUCAGUCAAAUGGAACCGCGGCUAUCCAGACCGGCAGCAGAUCAUUAGCCAGGUCAAACAACUAUGGGAACGAUACGGCCUGGACACGAGAACCAAGUUCAAUACCAAGGUUGACAAGGUGUAUAAGGACGAUCAAGGUCGCUGGAUAAUCAACAACACUGCGAAUGGUAGAUUUGAAGGUGUCAUAGCCGCUGUUGGGACUUGCGGCGACCCCAAGAUGCCUCGGAUGGAUGGCAUGGACAAUUUCAAGAACCCAGUCUAUCAUUCAAGUCAAUUGACCGGGGUCGAUGUCAAGGACAAAACGAUGGUAAUCAUCGGCGGCGGCGCCUCUGCUGUUGAGGCUUUGGAGUAUGCUUCUGACGAGGGAGCAGCGAAAGCUUAUAUUCUGUCGCGCAGUGAUAAAUGGAUUAUUCCCCGUAACUGGGUUAUUGAUGUCCUCCUCUCCUUGAACAUCUGGGGCCAAGAGACGAUAUUGUCUGCUAUUCCAGAGAUGCUAUUAAAAAAACUGUUCUACCGAGAUCUGCAAGAUCUAGCACCGAGUGAUAAGGGUAUAUUCACGGAUACGCCAAUGGUCAACUCGGACGUAAUGGAAAAACUUCGUUCUGGCCAAGUCGAAUAUAUACGCUGUGACAUCGAGAGAUUUACCAACACUGGCGUUCUCAUCAAUAAGAGAGAAAAGGGGGUACCAGCGGGGGGACCUGGCCGGCAAGUAAACCUUGAAGGCGAUUUGGUGGUUAUGGCAACUGGAUAUAAGAGACCGUCGCUCAAUUUUCUACCCGAUGAAAGCUUCGAAGAACCUUACGGACCACCAAACUGGUAUCUCCAAACCUUUCCUCCACAACAUCCUUCUAUUUCGGCUAUCAAUUGUACCUACUUGUCGGCAAUUGGAACCGUCGGGAACUGGCAUAUCGGUAUUUACACCCGGAUUCUUCUGAUGUUCCUCGUCGACCCAUUAACAAGACCGUCUACAUUCUGGAUGGAGCGUUGGAUUGAUAUGACCAAAUUUCUGAAAGCCACAUCCCCAACUGGUGCAUUCGACUUCUUCACGUAUCUAGAGCUGGUUUGGUGGUUUUUCUUCUGUGUAACAAUCAACCCAUUUCGAUGGAAGUGGGCUUUCUUCGUGUUCUUCGGCUUAGGAUUUGCUCUCCCUAAGCGAAUAGUCGUUGCCGAAGAGCAUAUCCGCAACGGAAUAGGGCUUGACGGGGCAGAUGAACGGGGCCGAGAUACCGGCAAGAGCUUUUAGGAGAACUUUGACGAUGCAUGUUUGUCGCACGAGUCUCAUACCCUGAAGUCGUCAAGGCGACAUGACGAUAUAUCUUCAGGC